CGUUCCGGCUUCACCUGUGUCUUUUUGCAGAUUUCGUGUUUGAGCACCGCCACUGUAUCAUGAUCGGUAAGAUCUUCGAUGGGAUACUCUUUUCCACUCCAUUUCACGAUUAUCUUAAUCUCAUUUAAAAUUUGUAGUUCCAUCUUUCUCGUCUCUUGGUUUACCAAAACAAAGUGAUUAUGAAUUACACCUGUUCGUGUUUUUCUCUUAUGUCAAAAUAGUUAUUCGUCUGUUUCGUUUGUUGAGUGCGUCAGUGACACCACAAAUGUCAAUCGUUUUGUUUACAAGCUUAAGUAAUUUGAAUUGCCGAAUUCCGUUAUUGUUCGAAUGGUAAUACCAUUGAGCACUGUGCAUCUCAUAAAUCUUCUUAAAAAUGAAUCAGAACGCUUCGAUGAAAUGUGAUUUUUUAACUAGAUUUUCUUUUCUUGCUGAACUUCGCCCCAAUAUUUUCGUUGGAUUUUAUGCAGGGAAAUUCAAAGUAGAAAUAUCGUUACCAAUGUUUCCUGAAACUAGCAGAAUGAACAUUUUAGUUUACGAAAACACGGACAGAGUCGACAUUUCUCAAGAUUUCAGAAAAGAGACUAAUAUAACGGCUGUUGUUAAUACAUUGAUGCAAACACUCGAUGCCCGAAAACAGGAACUCACAACUGAAACAAACCCAGAUGUAGCAACUCUCGUUAGCUUGCUUCAUAUGUUGAACAAAAUCAAACAAGAUCGAGGCUGUAAAAUAUUUACAGAUGGAAUCAUUUCGAAGCUCAAAUUUACUGCGUUUAAAGCAAAUCAAAAUCAUUUUCUCGAAAUGUCCAAAAUAUCUGGCACAGAUUUCAAAGUAACAUCUCACAGUCUACCUGAUCUAGGAAAUUCCGUGGAACUAUUCAAAUGGAACGCUACACCCGAGGCGCACUGUAACUGCUUUGUUCAAGUAAUAGAUCAAUUGGAAGAAUUCUACAGCAACUUAUACAUGCUUGAUGAACUGUGCUGCGUUGUCGAUCCUCCGGAAAUUGAUACGCGUACUGCUUGGCGAAUUAUAAAACUCAAUCAUAAGGUAUUCCUCAAGAUAACACUGCACCCAUUGCAACCCUCGUCCAUUGUGGUAGCUUUCAUUGGACCAACUCUCGAGAUUGAGAAACCGAGGGAACUAUACCAUACAAAAAUAGAGAAUUGGGAUCCCGAGAGUAAUGUAUACACGAAUCUGUUGAGAAUUUUCGAAAUGAUGUCUUUUCCAAUGCCGAACAAGCAAGGCGACAAUGAUAGUGACAAGAUAAAUUGCGGGAUUUGCAUGUCGUACAGAGAUGGCAACAAAAAAAUUCCUAUUGUUUCAUGUGAUAAUGAAAAAUGUUCGCUCAUAUUUCAUGUCGCUUGUUUAAAACAGUGGUUCUUUUCGUUGGAGGAAAGCAAAACAUUUUUUGCCAUCUCAAUCGGAACUUGUCCUUAUUGCAGAAAGAAGAUGUCUUCCAGUUUUGAUGAACUAUUAAACAAUGCAAGUUAGCCCACUUUUAUAUAGAAAGAUAUGUGCUUUGAUUAAGAAAAAUGAAAAUAAAAUUCAAAAUAAAUACCGUGAAGCUCCCCCAGCAAACAUUAAAUCGCAUAACAAGCGUAUAUAUAACAUCAUAUGCCCUAAAAUUUGGUUGGCAUAUAAUGCGCCUAACUGGCAUAUGCAUGCAAAAGUGGAGGCCAUAUACAUACAUGGCAAAUGCUUACCGAAUUUGUUUGGAUGAAUAUGCAACUUUGACCGGCUAUAAUAGCGAUUAUGUUGGAAUUGAAUUGCGAUCUAAUAUGAAUAUAUUCAUGAAUUGUCAAAGCACCAAAUACGACUUUUGCCAUUCUCAUAUACGAUUUAUUACAGAC